UUCGAUUUCCGUCAGUAGUAACCAUAUUUUCCAAAAAAAAAUAUUCUGACUUGGAUAAAGGAAAUAACUACUAUGGGUGCGCACAAAAGACGUCGUGAAUUGAACCUAACAGAACUAGACUACGAAUUUCAUUACUUUAUUAGGAAUAUGAGCUGCAGAGCCGUGAUGAGACUUCCCUAUUCCUACCGUUGUGAGAUGGCCAAACAAGUCGGCGAUUGCGAACGCAUAAUAAACUUAUUUAACUACUUCAGGAUGAUGUACUGCACCAUCCACAUUGAUAACAAAGUAACAGAGGUGCUGUUCAUGUUUCUGUUUUCGUUCAUUUGUGUGGCCUUCCUGUGGCUGAUGUCCUUCAACAUUGGAGCCUACUUUUCUCCGGUUCUCAAGAUUAUCUCCCUGAAGCUGGGCAUGAACGAGUACCUGGCGGGAGUUACCCUCCUAGCAUUCGGCAACUGCAGUCCCGAAAUUAUUGCUAAUCUGAUGCCCGUGAGAGCGGAUGCCCCGAUCUUCACCAUAGCUGUGGGUAACACCCUGGCCAUCAUCCUGCUGAGUGGCGGCACAGUUUGUUUUCUCAGGCCGUUCAAAAUGAACGGACACUGCACACUGCGAGAUCUUUUGUUCCUGCUGCUGGGUGUUGAGGUCCUCCGGUUUGUUAUGAUCAAGGAGGGAGCAGUGACCAUGUGGGAGGGAAUGGGGCUGUUCCUAAUUUACGUCCUCUACGUGGCCAUUAACAUCGCCGAUUUGGUUAUAAUGCGCUUCUACAUCAAAAAGCUUCGGAAGGAAGUGGACGACUUGGAGAACUUGAGUCCGCCACCGACGAAAGAACUGCAGGCUAAGCUGCGGACUCUGACUUCAUUGGAAAUGGAGAACGACAUACAGAUCAACGAUACAACCAAGUAUCGUCGGUCCAGAGCUUCGGGUACCCACUUCUCCGAUUCGACGAGGACCGGCUACUUUGUCACCCCCAGACCGAAGGAACGACCCGAAAAAAUUGACCAUGAAGCCAAUCGCACCAACAUGCACAAUUCGGAAAACCCCAAGAAUCUCAUGCUCUUUAGGGAGUUCUUCCAGGCCCUCAACCCCAUUGAUGGGGAGGCCUGGCAGCUGGGCGGUAAGUGCAAUCGAGUAUACCUGGUUGCCAGGUGCCCCCUGGUCUUCGUUAUGCUGCUCUUCAUUCCCGUGGUGGACUACGAGAAGGACAAGCACGGUUGGAGCAAGCUACUCAAUUGCACGCAGAUUGUGACGAACCCGUUUGUGAUCAUCACCCUGGUGCAUUCUGCCGUGGCCAGUGUGUACCAUACCUGGUACUUAACCCUCGACAUCAGCAUCUCGAUGUGGUCGCCGUGUCUAACCAUCCCACUGGCCAUAGUGAUCUUCCUGCACUCUCGGACGGAUGUGCCGCCGUUCUAUCACCAACUGUUUAUUAUCCUUACCUUUCUCAGUUCCAUGGUGACCCUCUGGAUUGCUGUCACCGAACUGGAAGUCCUCUCCGAGAUCGUGGGCACUGUGUUCGAUCUGUCCGAGACCUUCAUGGCGGUCACCUUUGAGGCCAUUUCGAAUGCCACCCCCGACAUUAUAGCCAAUUCCCAGCUGGCCAUGCAGGGCUACGGCCGAAUGGCCUUCGCGGCCAUUAUUGGAGGACCAGUUUUUGCGAUCUUAGUCACCAUGAGUUUGACCUUCAUCUUCAAUCUCAGAGUCCGCGAGGUUGGCGCUAAUUUGUGGGUGUAUGGCGACCUGGGUGAUAACUGCCACAUUUUUCUGGUAAUAACCAUCGUGACCACGUUGUGGUGGUGCGUAACCUACAACUUUUACGCCCGACGAUCCGCAGGAGUUUUCCUGUGGCUCAUCUACUUGCUGUUCCUUAUAUAUGCGGUUUGCGUGGAGUGGGAACUCGUUCACCCGUUUUCUAGGGAUGAAUACAUUGACCCAAUAUGAUUUUAUAAUUGGUUUUUCUUAAAUAAUUUGGUUUUGUAUUGAAAUGUAUUUUUAAAUACCACAC